AUGGAAGCGAGUCUAGAACCAGAGUCUCUUUCAGGGGCCUUACCCGACUAUUACCAAGAUAUCGAAAACCUAAGAAUCCGCCAGCGCUUCAAGGAUUUCGAUGAUCCUAAGAACUAUGAACGCUUUGACCUUGACGUUCGUAAUCCUGACACGAAAAAUCUGGUCGUAGAUUUUGGAGACGACGAAGCUUAUUGCGCUUCAAAUCUGAACUCGAACGACAUUGCAGAUAUACUCGAUGCUCCUAGACCACCUUCGCUACAUACCCGAUGGAUAAAUAUUUGGAUGCCGUAUAAGCAGAAAGACACUUUACACAACAUUGCUAAAGUGUAUGACUUCUCACCACGGCUCCUUGCUGUUAUGGUUACGGAUCCAAUACGAGUUGCAAAGCCAAAUGUCGGAAAAAGCCACUCGAGUCUGAUACGGCGACUGAACCCCCGAAAAUCCUCCAAAGAGACAUCAGUAGACCUUGAGAAAAGUCUCGAUGGAAUUGAAUCUGUUGAGCAUUCAAUCUUAGGAGAGCCGGAGCAGUUGACCCAGGUGGAGAACCACUACCAAAUAGCACAUGACGUGUGGCACUGGUCAACAGUGGACUGGGGUAGGCGCUUUGUAUGUAUUGGGUACAACUCACUGUACCCUAUAACCUCCGUAUCGCGAGAUCGCGUAGCGGAAAACUCAGAGUCGAAAGACUUACCGGAGGGAAUCCGGGUCUGGACGUGGCUAAUCUUGACUGUCGAUAAAACCGUCAUCAGUAUCAGAGAAGACCCAUUUCCCUAUCACAAUGGGAUCUACGAGGUUCAUGAAAUGAGGUCUAUGCUGACGAUUCGCCGAAACUUAAUCAACGUCUUUCGACAGCUCUCAAAAGUACACGAUUCAUCACACGAGAACGCGAUGACUAUUCUGCCUAUUCGAAGGCGCAUUGGUGAAACAGUGGAGGAGACGGCACACCGGCCUACUGAUGCUCCUGGUCUCCUAUUUUUCUAUUUAUUUGAAGACUGGUUCUCAGCAUUCAAUCUAGUGGCACGACGGGAGCAUCGUUACGCCGCGGAGUUGAAUAAAUUGAGGGAAGAAAUGCUUGUUAAGGCAGAGCUAUUCCAUAUCGAUAGGUUGCAUCAUAUCGGCAGACAAUUAGCUGUCCUGAAACGGCUCUACCAGAGUUACGAACUUCUCAUAGAACGUGUGUUGGAGAAGCAAGAGGCGACACUAGCGUCCAUGAAGAAUUCGCACAUAGCAUCAGGACUGGAUUCAUUGCAGUCAUCUCGCCACCAAAUAAUGGAAGCUGAAAGUCUGCUCGGUGUGUCAUUGAGCUCUGCGGCGAAGGUUCGGUUUGCAAGAUUGAGGACGGCGAUUCGGCUGUAUGCAUUGAGCGAGAUGCAGGAAUGUCUGGACCAAAAAGAGUCUCUAGUCAUGAUGAACUUUAAUCUCAUCGCGAUCAAAGAAUCGUUCUCCGUUGAACGUCUAACACGUAUUACACUUCUGCUUGCCAAGGUGACCCUACUCUUUAUGCCUGUCAGUCUUAUGACGGCCUAUUUUGGGUCAGAAUUCGUCAAUGCAGACUUUACGGUAAAGCAAUAUUGGAUCUGGUUUGGAGUUAUCCUUGGUACAUCAAUCUUCGCUCUUAUGAUAUUUAGCUUCGCCAGUGGCACGAUGGAGGGACGUAUCCUGUACCGGCCCCUAACGCGUCGUAUAUUUGAUGCGAUCAGCAAGCAAUUCAAGCGGCACGGUACGACUGACUGAUAGCGUGCCAAAAUGAGCCAAUAUAGGUACUAUACAGAACUUGCUUGAUAGCUGUCGAAUGUCGAAUAUCGAAUGUCGAAUGAUGACAGAAGCUCAUAUUAAAUCCCUCGAGUCACAAUUUUAUCAAGAAUACACUGCAGAUUGUUUAGCUUGAUACAGCCGGUAUUGUUAUCA